AAGUUUUUAGGAGGAUCCAGCAGCAUUUUUAGAAGACCAGUUUGCUUUUUUCCAUUUUCAUUCUGAUUUGAAUGACCUUGAUCAUCCGAGAUCGAACGCUCGUCGAUUUAUCCACUACAGUAAAGACAUCAUUUACGCAGCACGGCAUCAAAGAGGAAGAAAAUGGUCCUCGUCGUUCGCCCACGGGCAUUCGCUGCCACGCCUGCUCUGGUCGCUCUGUUCCUUUUCUGCUCCACUACGGCGAUAGCUAGUCCAGCUUCUACGACUGGCGCAGCAGUUCGAAAAUGGAUUUCUUCCGAGGGACCCUCGUCCAAUGGCACCGCGUCAUUACUUGUCACCCAACAAGAAGCAUCAGAUGAAUCUAUACUCCUGAAGCCAGUCUCUGUGCCGAAGAUAGUGGGAAAGUACUGUAAUGCAAACAGGGAUUGGGGUCCGAUACCAGACUCUCCCAACAUUAAGACUCAAAACAAAAAAUCUUCCAUCUUUAGAGGCAUCUUGGCCCACCCGUUUUUAGAGGCAAAAGGGGGCCCAGGAUGCUCCUGAAGACGGACUUCGCUUAGUUCUUCUAACGACAAGGAUUUCCUAGGGAAAGUCGUACGAGUAGUCAGCUUCAUUCGUCACGGUGCGCGGAUUAUGUGCGGGGGCGAUCAGUAUUCGGCGAAGGGGAGAUGCUGUUAUGUUGAGAUGAUGUUUGAAAUGCAAUAGUAUUCAGCGAAGGGGAGAUGCUGUUAUGUUCAGAUGAUGUUUGAAAUGCAGAUUAUAGAUUAUAGACGCACAGAGAAAUACAAAUAAGUAGUACGUGUGUCUACAAGAAUAAUAUCCUAGCGUGGUCCUAAUACAAGUAUUACUAGAGGAUGGAUAAGAUCCUUUUCCUUCCCACAACAAGCAACAUCCUACUUCUAGUUCUACUUCACCCUUUCUUCAUCUCCCGAAAAACGACACCGUUCGAUUCGACUGCUCUGCUGGACACGACUCGAUUUCCACUACAGGAGAAAAGGAACGCCAAGUGCCAUGGGCUAUUGCCUUUGCUGAAGGCACGAACGCAAGAGAAGGGCACGAAGGCAAGACGGCUACAACACCGAGAAACAACUGGGAUGGAACGUGUGGCUUGGGUCAGAUGA